AUGAACAGCCCUUCUAACAAAUGCUUACCUUCUCGUAUACAGGACUCGUACGCACUAUGCCGAGUUUUCAAGAAAAACGGGAUGUCCUCCGAAUUCGAAACGAGCAAUUUCUCGCUGCUCGAUUACAUGCAAGGAGCUCACAACGAGCAUCACGAAACAAUGUCGCCCGGUUUCCCCUUGGCAUCAUCUUCCAUUAAUAACCUAUGUAAUGAAGAAGAAGAAGAAGAACACAAAGAUGAUAAGGAUGAGUCAUGGAUGCAGUUUAUUACGGAUGAUGUUUGGUGUUCUUCAUCCAGCAAAAACUUUGUUGGUGAUGAGGUUUCUAAGCAGGUUUUCACAAACUAA